GCCGGCAGCCGCGGCGACGCUUGGGGCAGGGAAGGGGGGGACGGGACGGGACGGGACGGGACGGGAGUGGGAGAGACACGGACACACGGACACACGGACUGACACGGGCAGACACUGACAGCCCGGCAGCCCCCCCGCCGCAGGGCACCGCAGCCCGCGCCAUGUCGCGACUCAGCCCGCAGGACGAGAACUUGCAGGGCUCCUGGGUUGAGCUCCACUUCAGUAGCAGUGGAAGCAGUGCCAGCAGCCAAGAGCAAGUACCUGCCUCCAUUUCCAUCCACAAUGGUGACAUGGAGAAAAUACUCCUUGAUGCUCAGCAUGAAUCUGGAAGAAGCAGCUCAAGAGAAAGUUCACAUUGUGACAGCCCUCCUCGUUCCCAGACCCCUCAAGACAGUCACAGAGCUUUGGAAAUAGAGAGUCACAGCAGUGGAGAGAAGAAUAGCUUUCAGUCUGAAGAAGAUUUUCUUGAAAGGAGGAGAGAAGUAGAAAGGCUCCUGAAGAAGAAUGCAGAUUGGAUAUGGGAUUGGUCCAGCAGGCCAGAGAACAUCCCACCAAAGGAGUUCCUGUUCAAACACCCCAGGCGCACAGCCACCCUCAGCAUGCGCAACACCAGUGUCAUGAAGAAAGGGGGGAUAUUCUCAGCAGAAUUCUUGAAGGUUUUUCUUCCAUCUCUGCUUCUUUCUCAUUUGCUUGCCAUUGGAUUGGGGGUUUACAUCGGAAGGCGCCUGACGACCACAGCGUCCAGCAGCACCUUCUGAAGACUCCUGCAGCCCAGCUUCAGAGCAGGAUACCUGCCCGGGAGUGCAGGAGCUGGAGAGCAGAGGUGGCUGAGCUAUCCCUGGCUCCCUGAUCGGGGUGUACUUGUUCUGUAAAUGUUGUGUUCCUAGUGUAGUAAGAAGGGGAAGAGGUGCUGAAGCUCAUGUGUAUCGCAGCUAAUCUGGAUCAAUUCAGAGAGCUUGUUUCAGAGGCAUCAACAUCUGUUCUAUUGCUUUGUAGUGAAGUAUCUUGACAAUUAAAAGAACUUGAUGUUUCAGUCCUAGCUUUAAUAUAGCACUGGUGAUUCAGCUAGGCAUUCAUCUGAACCGCUGUUUCUUUGUACUUCAUCCAUGUGAAUGUUCCUCGCUGCUGCUGUAACCACCACCACUAGGGAUUUAUCUAUACAGGCAGGACUCAGACUUCUGCCUUGCUUGAGGCAGUUUCUUCCUUAGGUAGAUGUUGCUUGGCUUCUUCACAUAUGUGAGAUGGGAAAUGCAGAGACAGCUGGGAGAAAUGAGCAUGAGGGAAACUUGCACCCUGUUUUAGUAGUUGAGAGUGUGAUGCACAAGAGCCUGAAGUAAAAUUUGGACUUCAGUGCCUAAUGAUAGCUUCUUCUGCAGAGACAUCUAUUUAACUCCCUAAUUAAUAGAAGUUUCUUCUGUUGUAUCUACUUGCAGACUACUGCUUCUCAGUCUUUUUAUCUGUAAAAUUAUAAAUUUGCAUCUGAUAUUUGUCCCAUCCUUGUAUAGAUUUCAAAGAGUUGCCUGCUUAUUUGUUUUUACUAAUGGAAUGCCUUUACAUUCAGUGAUUUUACCUUAUUUAAUGAGAAGUAAAUGUUUGCCAAAAUAUCAUGUUUUAUAUAUUUAAAUAAAAAGGUUCCUCAUGGA